AUGGAGCAGAAAAGCGUGGAGGUCCUGCGGUUAACACCUCGUGAAACGGCCGCUCUGAAACCGGGAGUGAACCUGAUCUGUAAGGAAGCUGGCAACUUUGUCAUAUACAAGGACCCGAUAAACCCAGAGGAGCCGUACAAGGCCUGCCGCAACAUCUGUAAACAUCAGGGUGGCAAGUUCGUGCAGGAUGUUGAAGACUCCACUGGCAGCGUUCUACGAUGCACCAAGCACGGCUGGAGACUGGACUGUUCCACCAUGAAGUACGUCAACCCUCCGGACAGCUUCAGCCAGGAGAGGUUAGUUCCUGAGCUAGAGGAGGACGGCUCGCUGACCCUGGUGGAGCUGAUCCCGCCUGAGCCGUGGAAGGUCGACGCGAGAGCCCCGCAGGACAUUCAACCCGGAGAAGUACAGCUGACGUUUUUCGCGCAUGCGUGUAUGGAACUGAGGCUGGGAGACAAGAUCAUGUUCUUCGACCCAUGGCUGACUGGACCCGCCUUCGCUAGGGGAUGGUGGCUGAUCCACGAACCGCCCGCUGAUUGGCUGGAUAGGCUGUCACGUGCUGACCUCAUUUAUAUCAGCCAUGUGCACUCCGAUCAUCUCAGCUACCCAACUCUGGCGCUGCUUGCAGAAAAGAACCCGGACAUCCCGAUCUACGUGGGAGACACGGCCAUGCCGGUCUUCUGUAAGCUGGAGCAGAGCGGGGUCAGGUUGAACCGUAUUAACGUCUGCAGCUUCGGCGUGUGGCAAGAGAUCAACGCAGAUCUCCGUUUUAUGAUCCUGAUGGACGGUGUGCAUCCUGACAUGGACACCUGCAUCUUAGUGGACUACAAAGGCCACCUGAUCCUGAACACGGUGGACUGCACUCAGCCUAACGGUAUGCGGCUCCCGAGGAACGUGGAUAUCAUGAUGAGUGACUUCGCGGGGGGUGCAUCCGGGUUCCCCAUGGCGUUCUUUGGAGGGCGAUACACAAAGGAAUGGAAAGCCAAGUUCAUCGCCACCGAACGUAAAAAGCUACUCUACUACAAGACACAAGUCGUUCGUGAUGUCAAUCCUAAAGUCUACUGUCCGUUCGCUGGGUACUUCGUGGAAGCUCAUCCUGCGGACAAGUACAUCCGUGACACUAACACGAAGAACAGCGCUGAGCAGCUGAACGCUCUCAUCAACAAGUACUCAGACCACAUCAUCACGUGGGCACCGCUGCCUGGCGCCACUCUGGACCUGGCACGGGUUCUAGAUGACACAGGGGACCGCAGAAUAUUUAGAAUAUUUUUUUCAAGGCUUGCAAUAGUGGAUCCUCUUCCCGGGACUAAGAUCUACAAAGACAGUUGGGACUUCAACUCGUACAUCGACAAGAUCAACGACUGCAUUAAGAGUGAGAUUUUUGCCUACCCAGACUGGAUUCAGGUGUACUACAUGUGGGCGGGGUUCAAAGACUAUAAUCUUGUCCUGAGGAUGAUAGAGACAGAUGAUGAUUUCCAGCCUAUCCAGGGCGGGUACGACUUUCUGGUGGAUUUCUCAGAUCUGAGCUUUCCUCAGCAGCGACCAGCCAGGGAGCAUGCGUACUUAGAGAUCAAGAACCGGAUCGGAGUCCAUCGCCAGACUGUUCUAAAGGGUCUGUUUUGGGAUGACCUGUACAUCGGCUUUCAGAACAGGAUAUCACGGAACCCGGACACGUUUCAUUACAAGUUCUGGAACCACAUGCAGAUCCUCCUCCCACAACGACCGCCCGACUGGGCAAGUUUUCUCCGCAAGCAGCGAGAGAUGCAUGACGGGAAACCUGCACGGGCAGUCUGGAAACCGCCAGAGAAGAACAACUCUAUCGUGUCCCGUCUGCUCCGGACGCUGGCCAGGACCAAGGUGCUGCUUAUUCCCGGACUCGUUGCAUCCCUGGCGACCAUCGUCUUCUUCGCCUUGUCAAUCAAGUAAAGUAACAUAGCAACCGACAAUACUGAUUUGUGUAUCCAACUGCUGUUUACCAAUAGAUAACGUAUCAUAAAUUGCAUAAU